AUGGACAGACUCUUUAAGAUUCACGCACGAUCCCAUAGAGUAAUUGAUCAUAUUAUUCCUCCAAAGCAAGACAAAGAAAAGAUGCCUACAACAAAGGAGGAGAAAGAACUUUGGUCAACUCUUGACGCUAUGGUUCUACAGUGGAUUUACGCCACUAUAUCUCAUGAUCUUUUAUAUACAAUUCUUGAACCCGACACCACGGCAAUGGAAGCUUGGAAUAAACUGCGUGACAUAUUUCAGGAUAACAGACACUCUCGUGCCGUCACCCUUGAGUAUGACUUUACUCAUGUAGACAUGGCAGAUUUUUCAAAUAUCUCUGCUUAUUGUCAACAUCUCAAAUCUCUAUCGGACCAACUCAAGAAUGUUGGCUCUCCCGUCAACAAUAAUAGACUUGUUCUUCAACUGGUCUUUGGCCUCACCGAGCCCUACAAUAGUGUAGUCACUCUUAUUAGUCAAAAUGAUCCUUUACCCCAGUUCUAUCAAGCCCGUUCAAUGCUCACUCUUGAAGAGGUCGACCUUGUUAAGAAGGUGGCACAUAGCUCCUCAUCAGGCAUGGUUGCCCGUUAUUCCAAUGGGCCUCAUGAUAUUUCUGAUCAUGCAUCUUCCCACCGCAAUAAUACUGGUAGGAAGAGGAACCAAAACCGCAGUUAUAAUGGAAGAAAAAAUCGCAGCAACAAUGGUGGUUGUGGAGGCGAAAAGGGGAGUAUACGCACAAGCAACAACCGUGGUAUUGGGCAGCAGCCAACAGGUCAGCAACCUCCAAUCAAUAUUCCAUGGUAUGGCGGGCAGCCAUGGCCCUGGAUGGCACCUUGGGCUCCUUGA